AUGGCCGAGCCAGCAUACCUCGACUACGCCUCGUACCCACACCUCGUCGAGCACAUCGUGUCCUUCGCAGACCGGUCAUGCUGGCCCGCGCUGCGGGCGACCUGUCGCCGCCUGCACGACGCCCUCGCGCGCAGGAUGUACACACACAUCGCUGGUUAUGCCGGCUUCACCGUGGAGCUGUUCGCACCGUCCACGUCGGAGCCUGUGUCGCACCGCGUCCCUGGUCUGCAGUGGCCCGAACCGGCGAUCGCGAAUCUCACACCUCACCUAGACAUUCUCGACCUCGAGGAUGCGCGCGUGUAUACCAACGCGAGCUGGACCCACGAGCAGCCUGCUUCUGUCCAGCAGUACAAUGUCGCCGCGCGGGCGCGUGUCAUCCGCCGCUGGGCCAAGAAGUACCAGUGGCAUGUCGGCUGGCCGUUCUACCCGACCAAUGUGCGUAAAGGACAGCUCCUGAUCUUGUUCAUCGACUACACUGUGAUCCCGGCUGUGCAAGAGAUUGUCGCCGAGCACGGGGCCGCACUUCUGAAUCCCGAAAUUGCCCACAUGCCAAAGGUCAGCGUGCGCCCGUGCUUUGCGAGCGAUCGUGAAACGAGGUCGAUUGUGAACGUGCGGUACGAUCCACGGCAGCCUGACCUCCGAAACGGUACCUUCGAGAUCCACUGGACGUACCCCAAAGAGGAAGUGGUGGUAAUCUUCACUCCGACCGAGCUGUGGUCGGGCCCGGAGAUCCCCAAGAAUCCAGAGGACCCAGACUGGGUGGACCCCGAUCCACCGAUGGGCUGGCUCAACGGUCUAGCAGAGGCGGUAUGGGGACGGUUUGGGCCCUCAUCCAUGACCUGGCGGUCGACGCGACUGGUAUUCGUCGGCGCCGAGCAGCUCGAUGCGAGCUGGGUCGACUCGAACCACUGGCGCUUCAGCAACCCGCUCACAAACACCGACCUUGCCGCGGGUCUGGCAAAGACUGCGGAAGACAUGGUUUUCGCGACCAGCUACACCGACGUCUCCGGCAAAGAGCUAACCCAUGACGAGAUGGUGCGCUGCGUCUUCGAAACGCUUGAUUACAACGGCGGGUGGGACGGCCUCUUCCGCUUCAUCACCUUGGACGAGUGGCGAGCCGAGGUGGAUAGCCAGACGUUUGAACUUGCAACCAUCCCUCCGGCCAAGCCGAGUUACGUGCCCUUCGACUCGGGUGACACAGUCGAGGCGAGGAUGAGGCAACGUGGCGGAUCACCCUCGUCAUCGGCCUAA